AUGAGUGACUUGGAGGCAAGGACGCAGCCGCUGUGGCACGCCAUUCACAGUCUAGAUCCCAAAGCCGUUGCAACCCCAGAGACUCGUUUAACUGUACUGACGCUCGUUGCCGCUCUGGCGCGGACAGGCGCUGGACAGAGCCUUCAAACUCCCACUCCCGCAUCGUUGGACACGUUCCAGCCGGACAAGACCAACCUGGACUUCCCCGCCGUCGCCGAGUACGUCGGCAGAUGUCUGCUUAGCUGUGUCGACGUUACGACGAGCAGCGUCGCACAGUUGGCAGAGCACCCAGCGCAGGACGACGGGAAGCUGUGGGUCGCUGAAGCCUUCCAGGAUCAGUGCACAUCGCUGUACGUGUUGUUCGAGGAGAUGCUAGAGUUGUUAGAGAGACACUACACACGCGCCGUGGGGCGGGCCGCCAUCAGCGAGGCCGUCAGAGAACUCUACGAUAUAUUCGUCAACGGAGUCAUCAAGAAGGGCAUAUUGAGGAAGAAGGGAGACCGCGUGAAGACGUGGAAGGAACGAUGGUUCGUGUUGAAUGCGGAUCAGAUGGUGUACUACACUGGACGUGACGAGAAGGAGAGGAAAGGUGCCAUCGCUCUGUCCACGCAAUCCGUCGUACAGAUGACUCCGGACAGAAAGACGAAUUAUCCGAACAGGUUCACGGUCAUGUCACGGCGUGGUGACCGUAUCUUCGAUAUUAGCGCCAUUGAUAACCGCACACUUGCGGGACAAGAAUGGGUUACAGUCGUUCAGAUUGGCGCCAUUCAACAGUUCCGCGGGAGGUCCAGGAGCGAAGCGAGUUACCAGAGGAUCGCGCUCGCUGGAGAGGAACGGCGGCGCGGGGACAUGUUGAAGAGGGCCAGGAGCAGGCGGGAAACCAGCUGCGCAGUCGACCAGCGGCAGACUGGAAGAGCAGCAAGCGCAAUGAGAGACUCCCACGGAGAAACAGGUGAGAGUGAAGCCUCCACUCAGCCAUGCAAGUUCAUUAGAAACGUUAUUCCCGUGAUACUAUUGCUGGAAGAGGAAGCUGAGAAGGCGAGAGAACUGGAGAGGCUCAGCAAGGAACAGGAAGGUCUGCUUCACGACGAGAGAAGGAAGCGGGAGGAGGUCGAGACCGAGCAGCAGAAUGUCUCCCGGUUACUGAUGGAAGAGAGAGACAGGAUGGCAAAGCUACGCACGGACAGACAGGAGGCCGAGCGACAGCUCACGGAGGCGCUGGGUAAGCUGCAGGCUGCCGAGGUGGCCCGACAGAGAGUGGAGGAGGCAAAACGAGAUCGACAGAAGCCGGUCGGGCUAGCGCGACUCAUCCAGCCGUCUGCUAAACCCCUGGUUUCUCACCGCGGCGUCGGAGCGUUCUGCCCCUGGGAUUUCAAGGUCGGCGGACGCGGUUCAAGGUCGAGCGAAACGAGCCGGGAUAGACCGUCGUACGUAAGGACUUCAGAGGUGAGGAGACAGGAAGCGAACAAAUCCGGGAAGACGGGAGAAGAUGACGAGGUAGAGGGCAGCAGUAGUCUGCAAGGUCACGUGCUGACGCGAACCUACAGCCAAUCACAGCACGAACCCCAGGAGAAUGUCAGCCAAUCAGAACAAGUCGUUAGAGAGGGCGUGGCGCACAGCAAGGAUGAUGCUUCCACGAAACCUGCCGAACAUCGUCGUUCUGAACACCUCAGAGAACAACAUGACUCUAAAGAAAUCGAGGAACACCAUCGUUCCGAAAAACAUGGGGAGCGUGAUGUGUCAGAACAACACGGCAUUAGAUCAGAACAACACAGCAAUGAACCAGAACAACACAGCAUUAGAUCAGAACAACACAGCAAUGAACCAGAACAAGAACAACACAGCAAUAGAUCAGAACAACACAGCAAUAGAUCAGAACAGCACAGCAAUGAACCAGAACAACACAGUCGUGCAUCUGAACAACACAACCAACAUAACGUGUCUGAACAGUACAGUGAUUUAGUUGAACAACAAAGCAAGUGUGAUGUCUCUGAACAACAAAACCAACAUGAUGUCUCUGAACAACAGAUCCAACAUGAUGUCUCUGAACAACAAAGUCCGCAUGAUCUCUCUGAACAACUCAGUCCGCAUGAUAUCUCUGAACAACUCAGUCCGCAUUAUGUCUCUGAACAACUCAGUCCGCAUGAUCUCUCUGAACAACUCAGUCCGCAUGAUGUAUCUGAACAACUCAAUGAACAACAUAGUCAGCAUGAUGUUUCUGAACAACAGAAUCUACACGAUGUAGAUCAACAACAGAGCCUGCAUGAUGAGUCGGAAUAA